AUGGGUAUCAUGAGGAAAGCGGCCAAAACAGGCACUUUCUACGGCACAUCCACAAACAACUCCCUCCAUCUCCUAAACCACUACUUCACCACCCACCCCUCCGAUGCCGAUAAAGUAGUCUUGAGUAUCAAAGGCUCAUACAACCACACCCUCGGGCCCCAAGGAAGUCCUUCCGCCCUACGCGCUGCCGUUGACGCCGCCAUCGCCAUCCUCCCCCCUCACAUCAAGAAAAUCGAUAUUUUCGAAAUGGCCAGGGUGGAUCCGGAUACGGAUGUCGAAAUCUCCAUCGCCGCUCUGGCGGAAUUGGUCGAGGAAGGUAAGAUUGGAGGAAUUGGUCUGAGCGAGGUUUCUGCGCAGACGAUCAGGAGAGCGAGUGCGGUGUAUGGGAUUUCUGCUGUGGAGGUGGAAAUGAGUUUGUUCACUCGAGAGGUAUUGGAGAAUGAGGUGAGGGAGGUUUGUGAAGAGUUGGAUAUUCCACUUGUAGCUUACUCGCCUCUUAGCCGCGGUUGGCUGACGUCUACCUAUCGCACUUAUACCGAUAUCCCGGCUGGAGAUUACCGUCACCGUCUCCCUCGUUUCUCCGAGCAGGUUUUCGACACCAAUGUUCGUCUUGUGAAUGCGGUGGAGAAGAUUGCGAAGCGCAAGGGCGUUACCACUGCUGAAGUCGCCAUUGCGUGGGUUGUGGCGAGCGGUGGUAUACCUAUUCCCGGCAGCAAGGAUGUGGAAAGAGUGGUCAGAAACAGUAGGGCCGGGGACUUGGUGUUAAAUGAGGAAGAGAUGGAGGAAUUGGAGGUAUUGGGGGAGGAUUUCGAGAUCAAGGGUGAGAGAUAUGGAGGUGAGCAUGAGAAAUUGUUGAAUGCUUGA